GCCGCUUUUGUGUGUCCGGUGAAUCGUGCGCGCGAUUCUUCCGUACUCGCCCCGUUGUCGUCGAUGUUGACCGAGUUCAACGGGAAGCCCAUAGUCGUCGGCGUUCAAGGUGCGGCGUACACAGUGCGUACCUGCGCGUGUGUUGUCGCCGUUCGGAGCUUCGUCGUUCGUGCUGGCGUCCCGACCUAUAGCUGACUCCACCGCGUGCUCGAAUGGCGGCUUCGCCGUCUUCGUCGCCGCGCAGCCUGUGGCGCUCCGCCACCCGCCGGGUGCUCAUGCUACUCGCCUCAACGUGGCACCGAUCGCGGUCCAUGCUCCGGUCGAUUCGCCCUACAAGCAGCAACAAGACUCAGUCUGUGGACUGCCACGGCUACGUGAACCCCUUGGAGCUUGUGCUGGACACGAGCAAGAAGGAGGACGCGGGGGGCCGCGGGGGCCGGUCCUCCGGGGGUCCCCUCGAGCCUCUCUUGGGGCCACUGGCCGCGGCUGCCGCGACGCAGCAGCACCACCCUGCUUCCUUCCAUGGGGGCCCUUCCUCGGUGGCGGGCCGCCGGACGGCAGCCACGCCGCCCGGCGGUGCCGGCCGGGCCAUGCCGUCGCCUCCCCUGCCGCCGGCGCCUCAGUCGGCGCCGCCCACCACCACGGCGGCAUCGUCCGACGCCGGCAGGAAGCAGCUGAGCAGGACGCCCACCCAGCCGCCGCCGGGCGCCAUCGAAUACGUGGUCAAGGCUUCUGACACGUUGGCUGGCAUUGCUGCAAGGUUUGAGUGUACACCAGGAGAGCUGACGACGAUGAACCGCCUAACGAGCAGACUCAUAUUUCCUGGUCAGACACUGUACAUUCCGGUUAAAGGACAAGAAUCUCAAGCUGCUGAUGCGGCUGAUGUGCUUGAGCACGGUAGACUGGAGGAUGAAAAGGCAUCAGCGGGCCAUCAUGGCACUGGGGCUGGACCACCUUUGCCUGGUGAGCGUCCCUGUUCACCAAAGGCCACGGCGUCGCCACCUGACUCUCCUGUUGCCUUCAUGGAACAGCAGCGACAUGGUGGCGCUUCCACUGAGCACAUCGAAUCAGCUGAGCCAGAGAACAAGGAGAACAUGGACAUGUUCCUGAACAUUUCAUCGCGACACAUAACGGAUGGUCAGGGAGUGGUGAUGGGAACGCUUCUGGUAACUCCGAACAGUGUGAUGUUCGUACCCAAUGUGUCCGACACACUCGUCAUGGAGCACGGGUCCGAAUGCUACGAAGUGACUGCCCCCAUGGACAUGGUGGUGGCUGCAGCCCUCUACAAGGACAUUACACACAUGCGUCUUCGUGACACAGUAGACCCUGCUUGCGAUGUUCAUCUGGAGGAACCAUACCGGCCUCCAAACUACCAGACACACUGCAAAGACCAGGCUAGCGCCAGUCAGGACACAUCAGAGCCAGCCAAGUCUUCACAAGAAUGUGCUAUCGAAGUAUCGCCUGUUCCUUCAACGCAAGAUGCGAGUGAAAAGCCCUUUUCUGAGCUGUCCUGUACUGAGGGAAUUUUUGAAAAACCUACACCUGGUCAAAUGCUGGGUGCCGAGAAUAACCGAAUCAUUUCACACUCUCAGACAAAGAAAGAAGGCUUCUCUUCUAAUUGCCAGGUUAACAGUAAAAUUCUAGAGCCAGCUGCUGAGACCCAGCACAAAUCUCCUGCAUCGGUAUCUUUGAAUGUGUCUGUGCCAGAGUGUAAGGCACCAAAAGAGGUUCAAGAUAUGAUAAAUACAGACAUUGUUGUGAAGUCAAAAUGUCUGGAACAAGUGCAUCAACAAGACGAGAAGCAAAACGUGCAGUUGGGAAGUAACAGGCAGCAGCCAAAAGCAGUUGUAGAGUCCACUGAACAGAGUGAAGCACAGUCUGAAAGCAAAGACAAGUUCACAUUGAAAAAGCCACUGCAUUCUGAGCUACAGAGGGAAGUGUCUGCAGUCCAAGCCAUAAAAUAUUCUGGUUCUGAAGUGACGAGUACCUCGUCUGGUGAUGUAGAGUCCAGUGUCGGAAGAGGUGCAGCGAAACAACUCACUGCAGACAUAGCACCAGCUCCAGAGGCCCACGAAAAAACUGGGAAGGCAUCGGCUGAGGUGAGCAAGCAGCUGGAAGCUGCUGCCGUUGAAGCGGGCACCGGGGAGUCUAACAAUGUGGUGCCUCGUGGUACUCAGCUUGAAGUCGAACUGUCUUCUGCGACUGCCCAGGUGAUGAAAGAUGACCGGGCUGGCGACAAGAUUGCAGCACAGGACGUUGCAGCUCUGACGAAUGUUCAUGAGAAGUUGCCAACAGAUACAGCAACACCGCAAAACAAGAUUCUUGGUACGGAAGGAUGUGCAGCAGCCAAAAAGAGAGAGAGGAAGACUGCUGCAGAGUACUCGUUCAAGCCCAUCGACAAGGCGUCCGAGCCUCCGCCAACACUGCGUAGGGAGCUGGACAAUGGAGGUCUCCGGGAAAAGGCAUUCACACCGCCACCAUUGUCACCGGGUGGAAAGAGCCCACCCGGGCCAGAGCACUGGUCCCACAUGCUGGGUCCAACACUCAAGCUGGGCUCUACAAGCGAUGUGUCAGCCCUACAGCCACGCAGUGCUGCCUCAACAGACAGCAUUACUCUCCGCAUGAGAGAGUGGGCUUCGGUGGAAGGCGGCAUUUCUUCCGAGAGCACCCAGGAGCCUGCACACGAGCGGGUACUCGAGAGGCUCUCGAAUCCAGUGGAGUCGAUCUCCUCAUGCACGCACUCCAUCUACAAGCUGAUUGCGUCGACACCCAAAUCAAUGGCAGACUUUGUGCUCGGUGCUGAUGCUCCUGCACCAUCGACACCUCCACCGCAGUUGCAGACACAGCAGCCGGCAGCGGAUGAAAAGAGGCCCUCCUUGCAAACUGAAAAUGCCAAUGUCUGCCUUAAGAACAUGGUUGAGGAAAAGCCCGAGCUGUUUGCAGCAUUUGAGAAACUGGUUCCUCGGCUAGCACAGUCAUCAGAGGCCACACUGCUCUACUUGUGUCUGCGCAUGGGAAGGCCCCUGCACAAGAAAGUCCAGUGCUCCGCCACCGCCUCCUCCAAGCGGCGUAUACGGCCCCAGUACUGGUUUGGCAUCCCACGAAAUAGAGCGGAUGAGCUGUACUACUUCCUGGAAAAGUGGGCACCUUCGGUGUAUGGCGAUGUGCAUCAGGUGGACAUGGCCAGUCGUGGCUUCGAGCCAUUGCCUGAGCCUGCAGACAAGGAGGGGGGAGAGAUGGUCACUGCCCAAAGCCACAUUGCGGGGACGAACAUCGGCGAAGAAGGGCGCGACACCCCCGACACGAGUGGCAGCAGUAAGGGCCACCACAGUUCCAAGAAGGGCCACAGUGGCGCUCUGCGCUUCUUCAAGCUUUUUGACAGUGGCACGGCACCACCUGAAGCCGCUGCAGUCUCCACUGGUGACUGGGAGGCGGUGUCGAUGAGUGAAAUGCGCAGGGAGUCUGCAGUAGACCUGACUGACCUUCCUUUGCCUGAUUUGCUCGAUUCUACAGAAAUAUUCACCGAGGAGCACCGUCGGGAGCUGUGCAAGCAUCUUCCAGCGCGUGCAGAGAGUUACUCUUGGGCGCUUGUGUAUAGCACGCUGAAACAUGGCUUCAGCCUCAAGACUCUUUACCGUGAGAUGCUCAAGAUUGAAUCGCCUAUCCUGCUUAUGGUGCUGGACACCGAGGGCGCUGUUUUCGGUGUUCUGACAUCGUGUUCCCUGAGAAUGAGUGAGCACUUCUAUGGCACUGGAGAAUCAUUUCUGUUUACCUUUCACCCAGAGUUCAAGCUGUACAAAUGGACCGGUGAAAAUGUCUACUUUAUCAAAGGCAAUGCUGAUUUUCUGGCUUUCGGUGCUGGAGAUGGCCAGUUUGGGCUGUGGCUAGAUGGCGACCUGUUCCAUGGGCGGAGUCGUCGAUGCAAGACUUAUGACAAUGACGUGCUUUCUACAAAGGAAGACUUUGUAGUCAAAGCGCUCGAGGCCUGGGGCUUUGUCUGAACCGUAGGUCGGCAGCAAGGUGCAUACCACCUGAGCGCGUGGACGGCACACUGCCACCUCUCUUCCGACGGCUUUGAGAGGAGAGGGACAAGAGCCGAACAAGUGGCACCUUUCAUAAAAAUUCAUUUAAUGUUUUAUUCCGUUACGCAAUUAUUUAUUAAAUUU